AUGGCCGAUGACUCUGCACUCCGCAGACUGCAAGUUCUGCAGCGGGAUCUCAUCGCCUUCACCGAAUCUCGCUUGCCAGAUCUUGCGCGACUGGCAGAACAGCUGGAUGCCUGUGCAGAGGACUUCAAGAAACUGCUGGAGCGCAAGAAGAAGAACAAUGAAAGCCGCUCCAAGCUGGUGACGUCUUCCGAUCCCCAGCCCUCCAGUAUCACCAUCGACGAGGUGCAAUACAGCAUCCAGCCAACUUUUCGCGAAAGUGCACUUCGGGUCGCCGACGAGCUCGAUCUGGAUGAAGUAGAGGCCGCUAGGCUAUGUAUCGAGUCGCAGCUUCCAUUUGACGAUGCGGGCGACUCACUUACACUGCGCGCGCUCCUGCGCUUUCACCAACAACGGCAGGCGCUAUUGGACUGUCUACGGAUACUACUACAGCUCAGCCUGGACUCCGACGGCGACGAGAACAACGCAGAGGCCUUUGGGGCAGCCGCAAAACAAUUGAUACAGGGCGAAGGGGGCAGGCAGUCGGAGAGCUCUGCGUAUUGGCGCAAAUGCUUGGACGGCCUGGGAGAUGUGGAGAGUUUUCUUAAAAAGGUGGGAGACUACAGAGACAAGAUCAUAAUGACGGGGCAGGAUCUGUGUGGUGAGAUGGGGGAGGCUGUGGUGGGYCAGCGCUAUCUGCUGACACAACAGCACGAAUCUUUGGCCGCGGUUCUAUCGUAUCUGCUGCGUGGGAAUUAUGUCCAGCCGGAGGACUAUCGUGGAUUUCUCAGCAGAGCCGCGUCUUUGGAAAGUGACAUGGACAUUGCUGUGCAUUAUCUACCAAUUUUGACCGAAGGUGCGGCUUGCUUCGCUUCAGACCACCACACGACCAUGGAUGCCGCGCGGAACCUCCACAGUCUAUUUGCGGCAGGGCCUGGCCAACUUCAAUGGAAGAAUGCCAGCCUCAAAGCGGCCGCUACGGUUUGCUGGCUCGCCGAGUACAACGCGAGAUUCUCCGCCGGUGCAAGCGACCUCACGCAGAGUGAAGCGGACCGUAGCAGUGAUGAAGAGGCGCGUUCGAAGUUGUUCUUCGACUGUCUAAAGGACAAGGCAUUCCAUUUCAUGCUUGCUGCUGCCUCAUUUCUACGGCCCAUCGUUUGGCACGAUCCAGCCCGGAAAGGCAUAAUCGAAUGGCUCGUAGAUGAUGCGGUGGUUAUGCCCAACGAUGCUCCACGCCCUUCGGAUGAGUUUGCACUUCUCGUCAUGCGAGAGCUUCAAACCUUCACCGAUGCCUUUGUGACCAACAUGCCAGAUACACUCCGUAAGCUGAAAUCUGAGGAGGACGAGCAUAGGAGGAACCAGCUCUUCCAGUCCGCGAACGGCGAAUAUCGUUCAGAGAUGGGUCUCGAGCGUUUSAUGAUCAUCAUGGCUUACGCAUAUCAAGACGACGUGGAUGCUGUCAGGGAUUUCUGGUCCGACCGCGAGAGCAAUCUCUAUGGUUUCCUUCGUUGGGUGUCACAGCGCCUUCCAACACCGCGGGUGGCGGCCUUUUGCACACUGCUCAAAGCAAUCGCAUGCGAUGACAAGUCCGCGAAUCAAGCACACCGCUUCCUCCUCGAAGACGUCGCGAUGCCAUCGGGCAAGCUUCGCAAGGCCCACGCAGUCAGCUGGGCGCAGAUUUUCAACGAAGUCGAGCUUUACGCUUCGAGCGUCAGGGACAGACCGGCACCACCUCAGCCCUUGCCUGGCCAAGAGCACACCACUAUGGAUGAGGACAUUCAGGAGCCUGAGACGAACAUCAUGCUAGAGGCAUAUCUUGGACUGGCUGCCCACAUUUCUCGCACUAGCCCUGAAGCGAGGACGUGGCUAUUGAAAGAUCAACCAUUCCACAUUGGGGAGAUGAUGUAUCAGCUCGCUCGUACUGGCACGGUAGCGCGAGUCAAAGCGUGCUGCCUCGAUGUCCUGGCUGCGUUGCUCAYCGAUCAGGUGCUCGAGGUUCGAAACGGCAUGUGGGUGCUGCUGGACAGCUGGAUAUCAAGCAGCGGACUYGAUGGCUCGAGCAAUGCACGAACAGCCGCUAGAGCGCACCAGCCUGCUAAGCAAUAUCUCCAGCACUUUGCGAGCAAUGCGGAAGCCAGUUCCUCCUUGAUAGGCUUACUGGACGCGCUCAUAGCGCCGUUGACAGGAGCGCCCGAUACCACCAUCGACGCUCUACCAUUCCCGGAAAAUCUUGGAGCACCCCAUCGCCAUGCCGGAAUCGACUCAUAUGUUGACUUCGUCAUGGAUUCUGUGUUUGCUCGCGGAACUGCUCGCAUGAUCAGCGAAGGCGACACUACUAUGCUCGAUGCCCUACGCCAUGAUUGCCUUUUGUUCGCUUUCAAAUGCCUCUCAACAUUCAACGAGGACCUCGUGCUUUUAGCAAACACAUCAAACGUGGCAGUCGAGGCUGCGAUGGAGACAAAGUCCUUGGCAGUGUACGCUCGCCUGCACCCAUUUGCACGAGUCAUGGAAUGGCUGUUUGAGAAAGGCGUUGCUGCUUCGCUCUUUGCUACUCUGCAACGUUCAAGGGACGCACUGGAAGAGGCAGAUCCUAAUUCGCCUCUGGUUCAGUCAACUCUGAAGAGCGUUCAAGUACUCAAUCUGGCUUGGAAGCUGCAGCCGACUUACUUUGAUAUCAUCCGCCCGAUAAUCACAAGCCAGACAUCGCGCGCACAUUCGGAGACGGGUGCGACAUUCGCCUCAAUCGAUGAGCUCUUCCUCUCGCAUCUAGAUUCUGUGUCCAGCAUUGCGGAUUUCACCAGCUGCAAUCAUGUCGAAAUCGGGCUUGAGUGCCUCACGCUGCUACAGAGAAUAGCUUCAUCACGGAAGCUGUCGCAAAGUGCAGAUGAGGGUGCAAUACGUGCUCGACGCACCGGCCGAAUCAUCGGCGUACUUUCGCCCAUGACCGCCAACUUGACCUCACAACUUCGACAAGACUUCAUCCUAGACGAAUGGGAUCUAGAAACGGGUGACGUCCCACUGAAACUUGUCAAGGCAAAAGCGACCCUCGACUUGCUCAACGCCAGCCUGGACGCCUCGAAUGGAAAGCCGAGUGUUGCGCACUGCCUUCUCGGAUUCAGUUGUUUCGAGCACGUAAUCGAUGUCCUCCCAAAUAGCAUGUUCGCCGAGGGCGUAUCAUUGUUCCACGAGAUUGCUGCGCGUGCCGCAACGCUGGAUAUUAUCGGACCCACUGGAAACACCGCGUUCCUCCUUGCGGUCAAACGUGGCUGCUUGGAAGUAGUGCUGAAGCUUGCGGUCUCGCCGCUGACCGUUCAUAUUGUCCAGCCUGUCUUACGCUCCAUGGACUUUCUGGCAGCUUUGUCUCGCCAUCAGACACCUGCUUCGCAAGAUAUGCAUUGGGAUGGCUUAAUGGUUCAUGACCCUAAUGUCUUGUUCGGCACCUCAGCGCUGGCAGUGCGCGACUUCAUGCACGUUCGCGAGGCGUUCUUCGAAUUCGCCGCGAUCAGUUUGCGUACCGCGAGCGWGCAAAGCGCUUUUUCGGUACAAGAAAAGAUUCUGAGCGCACUUCUUGGAACGGUCAACCUGCCCGACGGCGAGCAGAUUCCGACACUUUCAGUAUUUGAACUCUUCGACUUCUUUGACCUGGAGACUUCAAUUGCCGUGGAGCCUAAUUGCAAGCACCUUGCCAGUGUCGAUUUGUCUGGCUGCACCAAAGACGAUCCUGAAACGCUCGUCGCAUAUGAUCCCAAAAUGGCAGGAGACCUGUUACUAUUGCACAAAAAGGAACUAAAAGAGAAGAGCGGGAUCAAGGAGCCCGCCGAGCUCGAACAGAUCGAUGUGGAGAUACAAGCAACGCUGGCGUCAUUGGUCAGCCAGAACAACUGGCGGGCUGUACAAAGCGCGCGCUUGAACGCUUUGGAGGCGUGGACCGAUCUGCUUUCUCUCAUGGUCACGAAGGGUGGCCUAGGGCAGGGUGAUGUCAUUGCGUUGUCAUUGCAAGGACUUCUCGUCGUACUUCCAAAGUUCGAGAAGUGCCUGGCAGAUAACCUUGACGCGGCUGGGCUGUUGGCAAAGCUCACCCUCACUUUCACACAUGCCAUCAGCCCUGCUUCGCAGGACGCUUCCACACAGACAGUCAAUGUCGCCAUUGAGCGUCUACUCUCCACAUUCCGUGUGUCCUUGAAGGUUGUUUGCGACAGCAGCACGGACCUGGCACUGAGGGAUGUAUGCUACAGAACGUGCUGUACUGUGCUGGCUUCCCUCCCAAGACCAUCUACCAACAACCGAGCUACAAGCUCGGCGAGUGCGAAGCAACUCCUACAAUUAGUGCAGAAUGCCGGAGAGCGUCUUCUCACAAUUGUGACCGAGGACGCCUUCUCUGGCCGCGGAAUCACUCGCGUGUCUGCACUGCUGUUCCUCGACGGUCUUAUCUCGCUGUUCCACAGCCAUAAGGCAACCACCUCUAUGCUCCGAGCUUUGACCAAGCUCAACUUCGUCCCCGUUCUCAUCGACACCAGCAUCGGAAGUGUCGCAGCAGCCUUCAAAGGCGAGGACGAAAUGAUCGCCACCCUCGCAUACUUCCACACCGCUUUAGCACUAAUGCUACGACUUUGUCAGACUCCAGAUGGCACACAACUUGUGCUCAAUUCAGGCAUGUUUCAGGCCGUUGACGACAGCAGCCUAUUCAGUACAGAUCCAGACAUUGGGCUUGAUAUCGACAACCCUACAGCAUUAAAGGAGUUCUAUGCGAUACUCGCUGAUGUGCUACGACUUGUCACUGCCGCGGUCGUAAGCAAAGGUCCGCAGCCUGGAAAAGCCUUUUUGCAGAAGAAUCGGUAUACAGUGCAGGCCAUAUUCAAGCAGGCAUCGAGAGGACAGGCCAUUGAGGUCGCGGAUGAGUUGCAGCGUCUAUUGCUCGCUACCGACUUUCUUGAGGACGAUGAGGCGUCUGCGGUGCGAGUUUUGAGGAAUGGCUUCUCGUAG